AUGAAGCGGUCAGUGCGGAGAGGCUUCGGACGGCUGCCAACGGGGAGUGCGAGAGGAUCGGCAAAGGCAGCAGAGUGUCUAAACAGAUCGGACAACUCCAAGGGCGACGAGAUUGCCGCGAACUUUCUGUACGAGAUUCAUAGCCGAUGCUGGUCGCCGGUGGCGGUCACGUUGAACCGUCUGCAGGACGAAAAUAUGUCUGCCACUUUGAGACCGUCGACCUUCGUCACCCUCGUCCUCGCCGCUGCUGGCGCCGUGCAGGCCAUGCCUGCUGAAAAGCGAGCUGCUUGUUCCAAGUACCUCAUCAUCGACACGCGCGGUACUGGUGAGGCGCAGGGACCUUCUGCUGGCUUCCGCACCAUGAACCAGCGCAUCUUCUCCUCCGUGUCCGGCGGUUCCGAGUACGACACUGUUUACCCCGCCGACUACUCGCAAAACUCUGCCUCUGGAACCCAGGACAUCGUCAACAAGGUCAAGUCCACCCUCGCCUCGAACCCUAGCACAUGCUUCAUCCUCGAAGGUUACUCGCAGGGUGCCUCUGCUACAGUCAAUGCCCUGUCGCAGCUCACCGGUGCCAACUUUAAUGCUGUCAAGGGUGUCAUCCUCAUCGGCGACCCUCAGCACAAGCCCAACCUUGCCUGCAACGUCGAUGGCAACGGUGGCAAGACUACCGCUGCUGCAAGUGGCAUCUCGUACUACGGAAACGGCGGUAUUCCCUCCAACUGGGUUUCCAAGUCGCUCGACAUUUGCAUCAGCGGUGACGGUGUUUGUGACCGAUCCUCCGGCUACGGCAUCACGGCUCAGCACCUGCAGUACCCUAACAACGCCAACGUUCAGAGCAUGGGUGCCAACUUCGCUAUCAAGGCUCUCCAGGGAUGA